CUGACCGUGCUUCUACUACAUUCACUGUUGCCUCAGAGUCUUGAAAGCGAAACAAGAUGCUAGAUUUCUGGGGAAAAAAUGAAAUUCGAAUCUAAACCGGCAUUCAACAUCCUUUCCUUGUAGGCGGAGUCCUCGAUCAUGACGUCAUACCAGAUAGCAACUGCCAUAGCCAUCUUGAUUUCAAAGAACCCUCGCUUGUUAGAGGGAUGUACACACAAACGAACUUGAGUUCUGUAUUUUAAGUUUUGACUGUGAACAUAUCGAUGAAUCACAUAGGCAGUUUUUUUAACAAAGUGUGAUAUUAUAACACUUAGCAAUAUUAUUACUUGGUGUGGAACAUCCUGACAACAGAUUUGGAAUAAUGGAGCGAAAUGCUUGUUUGGAGUUAGCUUUGGAAGGUGAGAGAUUGUGUAAAAAUGGAGAUUUUGCUGGUGGAGUUGCAUUUUUCGAAGCAGCUAUUCGAGUUGGAACAGAUGACUUAAAAACACUCAGUGCUAUAUAUAGUCAGUUAGGAAAUGCUUAUUUCUAUCUUGGAGAUUACAAUAAAGCCAUGGACUAUCAUAGAUGUGAUCUGACAGUUGCCAGAGCUAUGAAUGAUGAAUUGGGAGAAGGAAAAGCUAGUGGAAAUCUUGGGAAUACUUUAAAAGUAAUGGGCAAGUUUGAUGAAGCUGUAACAUGUUGUGAAAGGCAUUUAAAUAUAUCACGAUUGGAAGACAAGGUUGGUGAAGGUCGAGCAUUGUAUAAUUUAGGAAAUGUGUAUCAUGCAAAAGGCAAAAGAUUUGCAUGUAUAGGGCAUCAGGAUAAUGGUGAAUUUCCUGAAGAAGUAAAAUCAUGCCUUCAAAAAGCAGUUGAAUAUUAUGAGCAGAGCUUAAGAAUAAUGGUAGAACUUAAUGACAGAAAUGCCCAAGGAAGAGCUUGUGGAAAUUUAGGAAAUACACAUUAUCUUCUUGGAAGUUUUGAUGAAGCUGUUUCAUACCAUCAGGAGAGGUUGAAAAUUGCCAAGGAAUUUGGGGAUUUGGCAGCUGAAAGAAGAGCUCACAAUAACUUAGGCAAUGCACAUAUAUUUUUGGGUAAAUUUCAGGUUGCUGCUGAACAUUAUAAGAAAACAUUAUCCUUAGCUAUUGAAUUGCGUGACAAAGCUGUGGAAGCGCAAGCUUACUACAGUUUAGGCAAUACUUAUACGUUACUUCAUGAUUAUCCUACUGCCAUUGAUUACCAUUUACGCCAUUUAAGAAUUGCUCAGGAUCUUCAAGAUCGAAUUGGAGAAGGUAGAGCUUAUUGGAGUUUGGGAAAUGCACAUUCUGCCAUUGGAAAUCACGAGCAAGCAUUGCAUUAUGCUAAUAGGCAUCUUGAAAUAUCUAAACAGAUUGGUGAUGAGUCAGGAGAAGUUACAGCCCAACACAGUAUAUUAGAUUUACAGAAAGCUCUAGAAUCUCAGGAUGCUGCAUCGUGCAGUCAAAGCAGUACUUCAAUUAAUUCCAGUGGAAGAAUGCGUCGUACAAGUAUGGAGCAAAUGGAUCUUUUGAAACUCACUCCAGAUGCUAAAGUGGCAAAGGCUUCAUCUGGGGAAGAUGAAAAGGCUAAAUUUACUUCUGUAACAGAAAAGGUGACACCAAAAGUUAUAGAUGAACCUGAAAGAAAGACUGUAAGCCAAUCUGGGACUGCAGCAGCUGUAAAAGAAAAUAAAGUCACUAUAAUGAAAGAAAAUGAUGAAUUGGAAGGCUCAAUGGAUGAAGAUUCCUUUUUCGAUUUACUUAGCCGAUUUCAAAGCAAAAGAAUGGAUGAUCAGAGAUGCUCUCUUGUACUUUCAGAAAAUAAGGAAAAUAAUCAGCUACUUGGAAAUUGCCAAGACAAUUUCCAAGCUUCUACGAGUUACAGUAAUAAUGUUGUUAAUGUCGACAAAGAGAAUAAUCGUGUAAGAGAUGAUUUGUUUGACUUAAUUGCUGGUAUGCAGAGUCGUAGACUGGAUGAACAAAGAGCAAGCUUACCACGACUGCCUGGCUUGAAUUAUUGUGCGAAUGAAAUCUACAUGGAAAGAGUUCCACGUAGACAUUAUACCAAUAAUAAUACAAUACCUCCAGGCCAAUCACUUCAUCGUACUGUUGGAGAUGCAGGUGAUCUAACUGAUGAUGAGUUCUUUGAGUUGCUGAUGAGAAGUCAAUCUAGUAGGAUAGAAGAUCAACGGAGCAGUAUGCCAGAAAUUGAUCCGGGUCCAAUGUUUUCAAUGGCAAAUUGUAAUGGCAGCAAUGCUCAUGCUGCUCCAACAAUGCCAGAUGAAGAUUUUUUCAGUUUGAUCAUACGGGUGCAGGCCGGACGUAUUGAAGAUCAACGUUCAGAAUUGCCUCCACUUGAAAGAAUACCACCUCCACCUGAAAAAACAGCCCCUGUUGUUCCAAGCACUAGUCAGGGUAAGGCUUCAGGAAGCUCUUCAAAAACUAGCUCUUUAAGGUCUAGUUUAAAAGCUGUAUCAGCUAAAGGGUCUUUUAAACGCUGAUCCAUAAAGUAGUACAAUGUACAUACUGGACCAAAAUUUUUGUGCCAGUUUGAAUUCUGUGCGUAAGAUGUAUUUUAAAGGCUGUUUGUGUUUUCUGUGGAAAAGUAUGCUGAAAGUGCUAAAUGUGUGUGAAAUAAUGGAAUCUUGUGCUGGAGGGUUGUUUAUUUUAUGUGAAAAAGAAUGCUGAGGGAAAUGUUAAAUGCACAUGAAAGAGUGAAAUCUUAAAGUGCGUAAAAAUAUUCAGAAGAGCAUAACCAAAGAACUUUUGCAUCUUCAUACACAUUUUAAAUGUGAAAGGAUUUUAAAGUCAUUUUUUUUAACAUAAUAACCAAAGCUAUUUUUUGUUGAGCUGGAUAAUUUUCCUGUAUAGACUUUACAAAUCUGAUUAUUAGAAGUGUUUUUUCAUAAUAACUUUCUAAGUACAUUCCCUUUAAGCUUUCUUCUUUAAAACUUCUGAGACAGUAUUCCUUAUUGUCUUAAAUCAUAUUUUAUCUUCUUUUGAUGCAUUUAUAGAACAUGUAGCAGUGUUUACAAUGUAGAUAUUGCUGAAAAAAGUAUAAAUUUAAUGAGGAGUUAACUUAUUUCUCUAGUAAGUGAAGAAUAUGGCUAUAUAUUUCUGUUGUAUCUAUGCAUCUUUGCUGUAUGUGUGCUUUUUGUGGAAUUGUCAGAAGUGGAUCAUUUUAUAUUCACUAUAUUCAACUAGUCUUAUGAAUUAAUGCAUUAAUUUGUGUAGCAAGUAUAUCGAGAAAUGUGUAAUUUUUGUUCUUAUAUUUUUUAUCAUUUUGCAAAUUUCAGUUAUUUCCAUAUCUUUAGUGCAGUUUUUUAAAAUUUAUUUAAUUCAGAUUUGUAUAUUUCUGUUGUCUUGUGGAAGAUGUGUCCAUGUAUAUUUAAAAAAAGGUAUAUAUUUUCUUAUACAAAUUUAUCGUGCCAUACAUUUUACCUUGAAAUGAAUUUCUGAUAUUAACCAUUUUAUAAAUUGAGAUUCUGAAUUGAUGUAUUGAGUAAAGCAGUUGUUUUAUUGUAAUAAAGUCGUACUUGUUUCUAAUGAAAUAAUUUACAUCUUCUAUUUGUCAUUCAUGAUUAUAUUCUAUUAUUCAAUUUCCUUGAGAUUUGAUUAAUUUUUUAAUUUUAGGAAUUUAUUGCAAAGAGUUAAAUGGUACUUUUAAAUGUAAAAUUAAUGUUUGUUUUACUUAUAUAAAAUUGCAAAGAGUUAAUUCACUUGAUCCAGAAUUGAAAGACAAACAUUCUUUUCAUCUUCUUAAUCAGAUAUGAACAAAUACAGUGUAGUGUUCUUCCAUUUUACUUUCUUGUAGAAACUGCAUUUUUUGCCUCUGAAAACCUGUAUAAAAUAGAGAUAAAGUUUUCCCCCCAUUGUUUAUUAUUUCAUAAUUUUGCUGACAUAAUUUUAAAAUAACAAAAUAAGUAGUAAAUAAAUAAAUUGUAAUAUUAGAAUCAGCCACUUGCAAAGUCCAUUAAUCUUACAUUAAACAAAAUUCAUAAAUAUAGUUAAGAAUAAUCGUUUUCCGAUGAAUAUGCCUUCCCUGUUCAUUUGCUAUGUAUUUGUGUAACAAUUUACAUUCCAAGCAGUUUUAUUUUUUUGUAUGAUUUAGAACAUUCUUUAUUUAAAUCUUGCUCUGAAGUGCAUUGUCUGGGAUACAUUAUUUUAAUUACCAUCAAAUAAUUAUCUUGUGGAGAGUGUGCAUGAGGACUUUCGUUUCUAGAAAUGCUUUCAUGGAGGACUUGCUAAAAGAAAUUGAAUCAAAUCUUUAUACACAUAAGAAAGGGGUAUUGUAUCACUGUGUAGUAUCUUCUACUAAGAGUAGACAGAAGGAUGAGGAUAAAGAAUGGGGGACGUGGGCACUAUCCCUUUACCAUAAUAGUUAAUCAGUAUAGCAUCACGUCCACCAUUAUUUAAAAAAAAAAAAAACUUGAGAUGAUAACGGGGUCACAUAGUUGAAUGCUCCACGCUGUUCCUACACCUCAAGUGGCCACAGCAGUGUUUACAUUUUGCAGAUUGUUGUCUUUGCACAAGAUUAUAAGGUUCCGUAUAUUAGCAAAAGUUAAGAGUUCAGUAGUCAAUAUUAUAAUAUAAUACUCAUGAUUCUGGUAAUAGUUCCAAGAGUAGACAGAAGUAUUGCAAUAAAAUAAAUACUUUUUUAUCUGGCCUUUUUUUUUUUUUUUUUUUUUUUUUAAAUGGUGGACACUAGCCAUUUUAGGCUUUGGCCACUAUUAAGGGCAGAAGUGUGACCAUUUUAUUAUUUUAUUAUGGAGGCACCUUACAAGUGGCCACUGUUACCUCCUUUGAAAGGACAGACAAUUUACAUAUAUGCCUUUUCUGGGAUUUGAACUUGGGACAUUUGAUCUGGCACUCAGAGUCACUAACCACUUUCCCGUUUGGGCAGCAUCUGUCCUAAAACUUGUCAUGUAAAACCUGUUAUUUAAUGCAUAAUGAAUACAGAAUAUGAUUAAACUUGUAAAUUUUAUGGUUUUUUUUUUUUUUUUUUUUUUUUUUUUAAAGGAGAUCAUUGAUUUAUGUUAGCAUAGUGAUUGAUGUUAAUAUUGACUUACAUUAACAUAGUCUUGUUAUUGUGGUAUUGAAGUAGCUACUAGUUUGAGUUUUGAAUUUCAGCUAAACUUUAGUUUAAUUCUAAUCAAAAAUUGAAUUGGAUAUAUUAACUUCUCGUUUUGCAUACUAAGCUUAACAUUCAGUUUGAUCGUAUAUUGGCUAAGCAUUUUUCUAAUAUUUCAAGUAGUUCCUAGUGUGAAUCUCUGUCAUUUGCUUUGUGCAAAGUGAUAUUUUGACUUAAAGCAGUUUUUGCUAUUUAUAUUACAUAGUAUUAUUUGAAAAUUUCAAAUUUUUGUGAUGUUUGUUUGUUAAAUAGUGGUUAUGAUGGUACUUAAAUAUAUCUUUUAUGUGUAGUUUUAAAUCUGAAAUAUAUUUUACUAUUAAGUGUUAAAUAGUUUGAAAAUUUAAAAAGCUCAUUAAAAAUUCACAAUAUAUGAAUGAAUUAAGUGAGUUAUACAGUAAUCUUAAAUAUGCAGAAUGUGGUUAAUUCUGAUAGUUGCCAUUAUACAUUGUUACUCGUAUUUACAGGUCUUAGACUAUUUUGCUUCUCGAAUAACUCCCCAUUUUUUCCAGUGUUUACUUAUUUUUGUAUUUUAUAUUUGAAAUGUGGUUUCAAUUUUUUGGUCCACAAUAUUUUAUCAUUUCAUUUUUGCAUCACUGUAAUGUGUUAAUAAUAAAAAAUAAAAAAUAAAAAAAAAAAAUUCAGCAUUAACUUUGUGUUGAAAGAUAUUGUUGAACUGAAUUAUUGAAUAUACUAAAUUUGGGGAAAUUACUAUUAAGUAAAUUUUUAUUAUGUAAUCUGGGAAGAGGGAGGCAAAAAUAUGUGGAAUUAUCAAGAAAACACCAAAUAAAUUUCCUUUCAGCAAUUCAAAAUAAUUAACCCAAGGGAGGUCACGGAUAAAACUGUAUCGUAGAUUUCCCUUUUUAUUCAUGCCAAAUUAAUAAACUCUUAACAGUAGAAAAUUAUGGUCAUUUGUAAUCUGACCAGGCAUUUUGAAUAAAUCUGUGUAUGAGGAUAUGAUGCCUCACUUAACAGUUGGUGCUUGUAUUAUUCAAGAAUUAUUUUAAGGAGGGUGCUUUAGGAUAUAUAAAUUAAAUAUUUAAAAUGAUAGCAAAAUCAAAGUUACUUCCUUCAUUUUAGUUUCAUAAAGUGCUGACCAAUAUAAUGACAUAGAAAUAAUUCAUACAAUGGGAGGCUUAAGCUGUUGUUUUCUACCUUCUGUUACACAAUGUGAACUUGUUUGAAUGAGCAAAAAAAUUCUUUAUCAUUCUUUUUAAUACUAUGAAAGUUUUUGCAUGUAGUAUGACAUUUUCUCAAUUUUAUGACUUAGCUAAUGUCAUUUUCAGGGAUUUGACUGCAUAUGUUUUAUUUUUAUUAAAGUGCUUAUUGUAAAACUUUUUUUUUGGCUAGAAAGUAAUAAAUUUCUAUUGUUAUAGAAAGCAAGAGCAUUAUAUUUAAAGCAAUGACUUUUAGACUUGUUGUUCAUGACAAUGUGCUGCUUUCUCUUGUUGCUUGCAGUCUUUAUAAAAUUUUCAGUCUUCUUGAAGCUUAUAUUGUAGAAAAUUUUAAUAGUGAAAGCUUUUAAAUUGUUGAAAUUAUAUUAUCUACACUUGAAAAAAUAUUAGUAUUGAAAGUUAUUACUGUUUUAUGUUUGACAGAGCUGUCUUUAUAUAAAAAGUUAGUUACUUUUUAUAAAAUUUAUGAAAUCUUGAAAAUCUCUGAAGUAUUAGUAGUUAAUGUAUUAAGUCAUAAGAAAUGAGUAUGCAGCAAAAAUGUGCCAAAAAGUAAAAUCGGUGUUUAAUUGUGUAGAUUGAAACUCGUUUUCAUCAAUUUAUUAUUUGGAGAUUUUUGGAAAGCCUAAAAGAAAAAUGAAAAGGAGAGGUGGAUUGCUUAAGUAGCUUCUUAUGGACAUGAUUAUUUUAUUCACAAUGUAAUAAAUAGACAUGCUUAAAAAUUAAUAUUAUAUUGUGCAUAAAUAUGCUGCAUUUAUGACCUGAUUCAGAUAUGCAUUUAAUUAUGUGCAGCUGGAUGUUUAGUAAUUGUAGCUAUUUUUGAAUAAUUAAUGACAUUUAUCAUGACAAUGAAAUUGUUUGUAUUUUGUUUCAUUACAAAGCAAGGCUCUCUGAAUUUAAUGAUCUUAACUGCCAGUUAUCAACACAUCGCAUUGGCAUGUUGAGCAUACUUUGUUAAUUUAUCCUGUAUGAACAGUAACAUUUUUGUGUCUAGUUUUUUUUUAAUUUAAAUUUAGUUGUAAUAAUUUUAUAUAGCUUUUAUACACGAGGCAGAUGUUUUAUGAGUCUUGUUGACAUCACAGAAUUUUUAUGUACUUAAUUUUUUUAAUGUUUAACUAUAAUCAAAACAAAGCAUAUGAGGGUUCUCUGCUAAAUGAGUGAUGCCUUCAUAGAGGACUUUUUAAAGAAACUGUCACAUAUUCAUGUUACAUUUUGGGAAAACUAUGAAAACACCCAUUCAAAUAGCCUAUUCACUAGGAUUUGAACUCAGAUUGAUUUACCUGUGUUAAGGAGUAUUUACCAUUUGGUUUGAAUAAUUGGCUUAAUUUAAUAAGAACUUUUAGUGAGAAAACUGCAUAUGAAUUCUUGACCUAUUUGUUUAAUCCUUCACUCAGUGUAAGUAUGUGAUAAAUAUUUUCUGCAUUUGACUAAAUGGGGGGGGGAUAUCACGGAUAAAUGCACCGGUUGAAGAAUUAACAUGCAGCUUUGUAUUAUAACUUCAUUUUCUGCUUAAUAAAAUUGGCAGUUGCAUAUCAAUUUCUGAAUGAUGUAUGUUGAAAUAUUUUUCAUUAUACCAAAAGAUCACAUUUAUCAGUAUUUCGUGUUUAAUUUUCAUUUGUCAUUACAAAACUGAUAUAUUUUUUUGUAAACAAAGUGCUGUCAUGAUUAAUUUGAAAGUAAAUUGUUUGUAUAUAAUGUUCUAGUUUCGUAUAUAGAGAAAGUGUAUAUAUAAUGUUCUAGUUUCGUAUAGUACAAGUUGCAUUCUUAAAAUUGUGUACACAUAAUUUUAUUUUUUAUUGGAAUUAGCUUGACUGUGAUGUGGUUCUUUGUCAAAAUGAAUAUGCAAGCAUUCCUUCUGUAUAUAUAUUCUUUCAACUUAUGAAACAAGAGGUUUUUGAUAAUAAAGAAACUGAUCUUAUUUUUUUAUUCAUUAUCAAGGUAAAGGUUUUAAAAUUGCUGUGCUCCUACCUUUUUUUUUAUGUAAUUAUGCUCACUGGCUCAAUGAAGAAUUACAAAUGUUUAUUUCUUGUAGUCUGUGUAUAAUAAAGCAGAAUGAAUUGGUUUUUACUAUGUAGAAAUUUUAAUGUUCCUGCAAAGCAAAUGUAACCAACUGUUAAGAGGUUUAGCCAAAAUGAAGAGGAUAUUGAAUUGUUAAAACUAAAUAUUUUGCUGAAAUGACUGAUAUCAAAUUGCUUUCUUUAAUCAUUGACAAAAAAACAGUUAUUUUCUACCUUUUUAAAUUAAAUAUGUUAGAUGACCAGUAUAACUUAAGACAUAGCUAGAGGCAGGAAUGAAAUAAAUAUCAAAAUAUAAAGGGGGGAUACAUUUUUUUAAGGGAAAUGUUUACUAUUUAGUGUUAGGAAGUCCCUCCCCCAAUUUAUAGUAACAAAUUAUUUUUAAAAACAUUUGUGAUACCUGUAAUAUCUGUCCCCUUUAGUUUACAUAAAUAUUAAGGAGAGUUUUAUAUAAGGCAAUUGAAAGGAUGUCCUUUUGUACUCAAGCAGCAACUGUGAUAUAAUAUUUUAACUUGUUAAUAAUAUCACAUUCUAGCUAAAUAUUGCAGAAAGAGAAAUAAAACUAAAGCUGAUUUUUUUUUUUUUUUUUUUAAAUUUGUGAAAGAAAACACAAAUUAAACUUAUA